AUGUGGCAAGCAAACUGCAGACGAAUGCAUAAUUUAGCAGACUGGAUAUCCGGGACAGUGAUGGGAGGCUGUGUGGGCAGGAGUAGGAUGGAUGGACAAGGGAGUGCCCGGAGCUCGACAAGGAGCAAAAAACGUGGAGGACGCAAUGAGCCCCUCAAGAAGGAGCGUCCAAAGUGGAAGAGUGAGUACCCCAUGACAGAGGGCCAGCUGAGGAGUAAGAGAGAUGAGUUUUGGGAUACGGCUCCGGCCUUUGAUGGACGAAAAGAGAUCUGGGAUGCACUCAGAGCAGCAGCCCUGGCUGCAGAGUGCAAUGACCUGGAGCUAGCACAGGCUAUAGUGGAUGGAGCCUGCAUUACUCUGCCACAUGGUUCUCUCACAGAGAGUUAUGAUGAACUGGGCAACCGCUACCAACUCCCGGCGUACACUUUAGCCCCGCCAGUCAAUCUCAUCAGCGAAACAUCCAGUGAUAGCAAAGUUUCUGAAUCCACACAAAAACAAGCUCAACCCCCUCCAUGCAGACAAGAGUUCCAGCUGCGGGUGCGAUUGUCAACAGGAAAGGAUGUGCGUCUGACAGCCAGCAUGGCUGAUUCCAUCGCUGAGCUAAAGAAACAAUUGAAAGAACAGGAAGAAAUUGAUGUGAUCCGCCAGAGGUGGUUCUUUUCCGGGAAGCUCCUGACUGACAAGACUCGUUUGCAAGACGCCAAGAUCCAGAAGGACUUUGUCGUCCAAGUAAUUGUCAACGUGAACCCUUCAGUCAUAGCUAACUGAGGAGUGAGACAGAGUGAAGAAAAUAUAAAGGACGUACCAGGGAAGGGUGCAGGAAUAGGAGUAGGGCUUGAAAUAAUUUUCGAGCUGGUCUUGCAGUGGGAUUUUGUGUACAUUUUUAUAUAAGAAAUUAUUGCUUUUAUAUUGCUCCUUUUUGUAUUUUUUCCUUUUUCCAAAUGAAGCAUUGAAAAGCACUGAAACAUUUUAGAUUAAAAGUAGAGUCCUAAGACACACACCCCAGUGUCUGUCUGUCUGUUUGUGUGGACAACUCACAGCUCUAUUGUUUACAUGGGUUCCCCCUCCUUGUCAUGUGUGUUUGUACUUGUGCUUGAUAAACUGAAUAUGGUUCACCUGGGGAUCCGCAAAAAAAAAUCCAUUCUCUCAUGCAAUUUGAGAUGUAGUGGAAGGGUGGCAGAUAACUGUAGAGAAAAAGAUAAAUGUAAAUAUCAGUUUCCAUAUGUGUUGUUUGGUCAUAUAAGUAUGUGCACACUACAUUUUCAAUUCACAACUGUAUAUUCAUAACAAAGACACGGAAUGUAAUGAAAGUACCUUUCUGAAAGGUAAUAAGAGAUGAUCAGAUAGUUUUUUUUAUUUCAUCACUCCAUGAUACUGUAGACUUAUGAACAAUAUGAUGCUCACUGUACUUGAAUAACAUCAAUAAAUAUUGUAAAUAUUA